AUGACCAUGACCCACACGGGGAAGAAGGUAUUUUCUUGCAGCACUUGCAGGAAAGAGUUCAGUAAAAGUAGUAUUUUAAUGGAUCACAUGAAGAUCCACACUAGCGAAAGGCCGUACCUGUGGAACCCCUGCGGAAAAUCGUUUACAAAAUCAUCAACAUUCAAGAAGCAUAAAAUGAUCCAUAUGGGCGAGAAGCUCUACGUCUGCAAAACGUGUGGAAAAAGUUACAGGCAAAAUUCCAGCCUGGUGAUUCACUCGAGGACCCACACUGGCGAAAGGCCGUACCUUUGCAACACCUGCGGCAAAACCUUUACUACAUUAUCAAAUCUUAAACGGCACAUAACCAUGCACAUGGGCGAGAAGCCCUACACUUGCAAAACAUGUGGAAAAAGUUACACAGAACGUUCCAGCCUGGUGGUUCACUCGAGGACCCACACGGGCGAGAAGCCGUACCUGUGCAACACCUGCAACAAAACCUUUACUGAAUCAUCAACUCUUAAACGGCACAUUACCACGCACAUGGGCGAGAAGCCCUACAACUGCAAAACAUGUGGAAAAAGUUACAGGCUACGUUCCACCCUGGUGAUUCACUCGAGGAUCCACAUGGGCGAAAGGCCGUACCUGUGCAACACCUGCGGAAAAACCUUUACUAAUUUACCGGAUCUUAACUGCCACAUAACCACACACAUGGGCGAGAAGCGAUUUUUGUGCAAGACGUGCAACAAAGGUUUUAGCCGCAGAAUUUAUUUGCUGAGUCACAUGAAAAAUCACCCGGAGGAGAAGUCUGGUGACUCGUGACAAAUGAAGCUCAUGUUGUCGUCCUCCGGGGGCAGCUGUCCACUCCUGUCUGACCCACAGAAGAAGAACCCGCAGAAGUCCAACCACCACCUCCUGUGGCUGAUGAGCCUAAU